AUGGAUAUCAUCGAAGAUUAUAUGCACCACCUAAACUAUUUUAAUAAUAAUAAUAACAAUCAACAACAACAACAAUCACAAUCUAGAUUACCAACACCACCACUACCAUAUUCACUAGAUUACAAAAGAAUGUACAAUAAUAAUAAUAAUAAUAACAAUCAAAAUAAUAGUAUUAAUAAUAUUAAUAAUAAUUACAACAAUGGAAAUCGAUUAAAUCCAUUCCAAAUGGUACCACAUUCGCCACGUGAUCAAAUUCCGAUGCCUCCUUUUUCGCUGAGUAACCACAAUUUUGGAAACCCAAUUUCAAACCCAUCCCACCAUCAUCACCAAAACCCAACCUACGGAAUGACAUCCUAUCCUACAACUACCACUAGUACCCCCAUCAUCAUUUCAAACGGCACCUCCACCACCACCACCAACAACAACAACACAAGUAGCUCAUCAUCUUUACCCUCAUCUACAACUACAUCCCCUGUCACAAUGGUGGGUAGAAGCAGUCCUACUACAUUGGCAUCCACUCCAUUGCCCAUAUCAAUAUCUCCACCACCACAAUUGUCGUCUGUACGACCCUUAUCGUCACCUGCUCCUUCAGUUGUUGUCGAUAUUCGAUCGCAACCCUACAACUCAAAGUUAGAUAUCACUCUCUCGCCCAAACCAAUCAAACUCUCUACAGUUAUUGAUUCAAGCUUCAAUUCAAACAAUUCCUUUUCUUCUUCUUCUUCUUCACAAAAUAUCCAAAGUGUUAAAUCAGAGGAUCUCAACAAUAAUAAUAAUAAUAAUAACAAUAACAACAUCAAUCAAACUAAUAAUAAUAACAACAACAAUUUUAUGACAUCAACAUUUAAACAAAGCCUACCACAUGGUUUGUAUAAUAUGGUAGAGUCAAUCUUACCUCUAUGUCAAGAAAUCGAUACUCAAAAGGGUGCCAGCACUGACCGUACCGACAACCUCAAUCGUCUAUUGAAAUCACUUGAAGAUGUCUCCAAAAAGGCCAAGAAGCUUAGAAAGUCUAGAUUACCAUACGCACCAAAACCUGAAAAAUCACUAGAAUUUGUUCAAGUUAGACCAAGAAGAAAUAGAAAGAGUAAGAAUGCAUACAAAGUAAAUGAAGAUGAACUUGUUUGUUGUAUGUGUGGUACAAUGGAAACACCAGAAUGGCGUAGAGGACCAGAUGGAUGCAAGUCACUAUGCAAUGCCUGUGGACUUUACUUUGCCAAAACCAAGAAAAAGGAAAGAGAUGAUUUUUACAACAACGUAUCUUCCUCUCCUCCAUCAUCUUUUGGUGGUAGUAAUACACCAACCUUUGGUCCAGUUAAUACCACCUCUACUACUACUACUACCUCUACUACCAAUACCAACAACUCUACCAGUCCUGUCAAUACUCCCUCUUCCUCCUCUUCGUCGUCCAAUUCAGUUUUGAAUAUUCUCAACCUCAUUAAUCCAACUACUACCACCACCAAUCAUUCAACCAAUCAUUCAACCAGCGAUAGUGAUAAUAUGAGAGGUUGGUAUUUUCAACAAAUCAACUCAAGCUAUAAAACAACUAUUAAAGAGGCAAAUAUCGAGGCAAUUAGAGUAGUAUUUAGAGAGAAAAGAGAAUACAAUACCUAUCAUAUCAUCAUCAUGGUAUUUAUUAAAUUAAUUAAAAUAGAAGGAUUUAAAUCCUAUAAACAUUUAGAUUUGUCUUCAACUUCUUUUAGUCCUGGUUUUAAUGUUAUUACUGGAAGAAAUGGAUCAGGAAAGAGUAAUUUAUUUGCAGCGAUUAGAUUCUUACUUGGUGAUUGGAGUAAUCUAUCAUUGGGAAAGGAAGAGAGAUCUAAAUUACUUCAUUCAUUUGGUGGAACAGCAGUACAUUCUGGUUAUGUAGAGGUAUUGUUUGAUAAUAGCGAUGGUCGUUUCCCGAUACAAAAGAAAGAGUUUACAUUGAAGCGUUCAGUGUUUGUAAAUAAGGAUGAAUACUCUCUCGACGGUCAAGCAUACUCAAAACAAGAUGUUAAAUCGUUGAUGGAGAGUGCUGGUCUAUCUAGUAGCAAUCCAUACUAUAUCGUUCAACAAGGUCAAAUUGCAGAGUUGGCAUCGAUGGGUGACAAACAACGUUUGGAUCUAUUAAAAGAGGUGGCUGGUGCACACGUCUUUGAAGAUCGUUACUCUCAGUCUUUUGAACUCAUGAAGGAAACAAGAUUAAAGCAUGACAAGAUCGAUCAAGAUUUGGAAUACAUCAACGAACGAAAGGAACAACUUGCACAAGAAGUCAAACAACUAGAAGACUAUCAUCGUCUGCGUUCUGAAAAAAAGACAUUAGAGGCUUAUAUUGCAUCGAUGGAGAAUAUAGAGUCGGAAAAGAUCAUUGGUGACACUGAAUCUCAUCGUCGUAAACUUAAUCAAGAUGUAGAGACACGUGCUCAAGAGCUGGACAGUCUACACACUAGUUAUCGUGACGAAUCAAACAAGUUGGUAGAGAUUAAUCUUGCAUUGUCAAGUCUCAAGAAACAAUUGGAUUCUAGCGAAAAAGAAUAUAUUGGUCACACCAAACAACGUGCCAAGAUGGAGAUUGAUGUAAAGAGACUGAAAGAAAAUGAUAAUCGUUACAAGAAAAAGGCAAAGGAUCUACAUGAAGAGUUGGAUCGUAUCAAAAACAGUGUAAAAAAGAUUGAAAGUGAUAUCUUGGAGAUUGAACCAAACCUUCAAAACCUUAAAUUGAUCGAUAAAAAGGAUGACGAAGUGGUUGCCAGAAACGAUAUUCGUCUCAAUGAACUCUAUGUCAAACAGGGUAUGUUCCACUUUGCCAAUCGUGCCGAACGUGAUCGUUACCUCAACACUGAAAUUAAAAAUAUGCAAAAGAUUGUGGACGACUAUACCGUACAAAUUGGUUUGGUCACCAAGGAAGCAGAGAGUGCUGAAAAGUUGGUCGCCCAAAAGACAAGUGGUGUCGCUGAUCGUGAACAAGGUGAACGUCAACGUCGUCAACAAUUGGAACAAGUCACCAAAGAGGCAGAUGAACAAAGAAAGAAAAAGGAUGUCCUUCAUCGUCAACUCAAAGAUCUCAAGAAAAGUAUCGAAGGUGAAACGGCCAAAGGAAAGACUUUGCAAGAAGAAUUUAGACGUUCAGAGUCUCACAUGCAAUCUACCCUUCCACGUGGUAUCUAUGAAGCAAUCAAAGAGAUUCGUGGACAAACUGGUGUAUUUGGAGCACUCUUUUCACUUAUCAAUCUUGUUAAUCCAGAUGAUUACCGUGCAGUCGAAAUUGUUGCUGGUAAUGCACUCUUUCAUAUAGUUGUAGAUACCGAUGAAACUGCCAGUCGUCUAUUGCAAAAAUUCAACAAUGACAAGACAUCUAGACUCACCUUUGUACCGCUGAACCGUAUUUCAUCUCGUCCAUCAAACCUCAAUGUUGUCCCACCCGAUCGUAAUCAACCAGCUCAAUACCGUUCAUUACUCUCUCAACUCGAAUAUGACCCACGUUUUGAAGUGGCCAUGCAAUUGGUUUUCGGAAAGACAAUGUUGUGUGAUACACCAGCUGUUGCAGAGGACCUACGUAGAGCACAUCGUGUCGAUUGUGUUACCCGUGCAGGUGACAUGCUCUAUGGAAAGGGUGCUAUGGUUGGUGGUUACCACAAUAGCAAUAAAUCUCGUAUGUUGGCUUACCGUCAACUGUGCGAGUGGACUGAAAAGGUCGGCGAACAACAGGCCGCUGAAAAGUCAACACAAAAAGAGAUUGGUAAAUUAGAAGAACAACUAAAGACUGCCGAUCGUCUACAAGAAACACUAGAGAAACGUAGAAGAACCAUUCUAGCAGAGAUUGAAGCGUUACGUAGUGAAGAUUCAACAGACGUAUCGCUCUAUGAAGAAAUUGCUGUCAAGAAACGUCAAAUGCAAGAAAAGAUAGAGACCGAUGCCAGAAUUCUAAAAUUAAAGUUGGACAAUUAUGUUGGACAAAAGGAUUCGCCAUUUGUGACAACACUCACCGAAAGCGAACGUACCGAACUCUUGCAACUCUCUGAAAAGACUAUACAACUCAAAGAGGAAAAGAUCAAGCGAGCACAAGAAAUUGUAAAGUUGGAAUUGGAAUCUACUCAAAUGAAAUACCAACUCAAACACAAUCAUCUUCGUCGUCUUCAAGAGAUUGAGCAAGAACUCUAUGUUGGUGAUAAUACUCUUGCUGAAAAUGCACGUGUCAUUCAAGAAAGAGAAUCAGAGCUCAAGGAAGAAACGCAAGAAAGUCAAGGAAUAGAAGAAAAAUUAGAUAGCUUGCGACAAGAGGUUGAUAGUAACGAGCAACUACAAAGAGACGCCAAGAAACGUGUCGAUGACAUUAAGAAAAAUCUAGAAGAAAAGGAAGGUCAAUUGAUGGAGAUUGCCUCUCAACUCGAACAAUUGGCCAUCAACCUUCAAAUGCAUUCCAAGAACCAAAGUAAAAGUCGUGCCAAGGUUGCUGCUCAGUCUGUCAACUUUGACCAUCUCAAAUUAUUGUCACGUGAAGAUGCCAACGAGCAAUUGCGUUCCAUCAACGCCCAGUUGAGAAAAUCGGCAGGGCUCAACCAUCGUGCCGACGAACAAUAUCGUAGUACAUCAGAGGUUUUUGAAAGUCUCAACAAUCGUUCCAAGGAACUCAAGGUAUCUGUAAACUCUAUUAUCGAUUUUAUGAAGACAAUGGAACAAAAAAAAGAAGAAGCAAUCGCUCGUACCUACUCUGAUGUGGCCAGAAACUUUGUUCAAGUAUUUAAAGAACUCAUCCCACCUGGUGAUGCCCAACUCAUUAUGCAUCGUGACGGAGAAGGAGAGGAUGAAAAGCCAUCACAAUGGGCUGCAGACUCGCAGAAUCGUAUCGCCACACCAUUGGAUCUCAAAUUCAAAGGUGUUGGCAUUCGUGUAUCUUUUGGCAAGGGUCACGCCCCACUCACCAUGCAUCAACUCUCUGGUGGUCAAAAGACACUUGUUGCCUUGGCACUCAUCUUUGCUCUCCAACGUACCGAUCCAGCUCCCUUUUAUCUUCUCGAUGAAAUCGAUGCCGCCCUCGAUCAUCAAUACCGUAUCAGUGUGUCACGUCUCAUUCGUAAGCACAGCAAGUUUACACAGUUUAUUGCCACUACUUUUGGUCCAGAGUUUGUCAUGGAUGCCAAUCAAAAUUGGAUUGUCACUUUCCUCAAGGGUGCCAGUAAAUUGGUGCCAGGUAGCAAGGCAGAUGCCCUCAACAUUAUCAAACAACACGACAAGGCCCCCACAUUGGAUUUCACCUAUACUGGUGUGCCCAAGGAGGAAGAAUACAUUGGUCCAACCGUUCUCGGUCUUGCCGAAGACAAACAUAUGGUCGAAAUUGAAUACAAACGUUGCAAGAAGCGUGCAAUGGUUGCCAUGCAACGAGCAGAAACUGCUUGUAAUGAAAUGCUCGACAUUGAGCAAAAACUUACCACCACUGCCACCUCGUCCUCUGAAUCGUCUACACUCUCUAAUCUGCUCAUUGAAAAGAAGAGACUAUUUGAUAGACUACACAAGAAAUAUUUGAACUGUAAAAAAGACUAUGAUGAAUCCAAGGCCAAUUAUGUACGUUUGGGUGGUAUCAUCAAAACAAAGGAAGACGAAAAGGACGGAGGCGGAGAAAAAGAUGUGGAAAUGGAAGAUGAUAGCUCAAUGGAACAAGCCGCCGACAGCAAGAGAACCUCACCUCAACCAAUUGGCAAUAUUGUUUCACCUCAAAAACCAGACAUAGAAGAGGAUUUGGACGAAGGGUCAUUCUCUCAACGUAUUGAAGAAGUUAUGGAAAAAGUUGCAACCUUUUUACCAGAACCAGAAAGAGGUAUUAAAAAAUCAUCAGAUGAAGAUAGUGAUGAUGAUGAUGACUUUUCUUCAGAUGAAGAAGAAGAACAAAAAAAAUAA